AUGGAUACUCGGAUCUUCAUCCUGCAAGUCCUGACGCUCUGCUGCCUCAUUCACGGCUCCCUGCAGGGCGUCCACCAGCGGCGCCUCUACAAGGAGCUGAUGAAGAACUACAACCCUCUGGAGCGACCGGUCAGCAACGACUCCCACAGCCUCACCGUCCACUUCAGCUUCAGCCUGCUGCAGAUCAUGGACGUGGAUGAGAAGAACCAGGUGCUGACCACCAAUAUCUGGCUGCAGCUGUACUGGACGGAUUCCUACCUGCAGUGGAACAUGUCCGACUAUCCAGGUGUGACCAACGUCAGGUUCCCCGACAGUCAGAUCUGGAGGCCCGACAUCCUGCUGUACAACAGUGCUGAUGAAAGGUUCGAUGCCUCCUUCCACACCAACAUCCUGGUCAACUCCACCGGCUACUGCCAGUACCUGCCACCAGGAAUAUUUAAGAGCACCUGUUACAUCGACGUGCGCUGGUUUCCCUUCGACGUGCAGCGCUGCGACCUGAAGUUCGGCUCGUGGACGUACGGCGGCUGGUCUCUGGACCUGCAGAUGAUCGAGGCCGAUAUCACCGGAUACAUCGCCAACGGAGAGUGGGACCUCGUGGAGGUUCCUGGACGGAGGAACGAGCGUUUCUACGACUGCUGUAAGGAGCCGUACCCCGACGUGACCUUCACCGUGGUGAUGAGGAGGAGGACGCUCUACUACGGACUCAACCUCCUCAUCCCCUGCGUCCUCAUCUCCACUCUGGCUCUCCUCGUCUUCCUGCUGCCCGCCGACUCCGGAGAGAAGAUCUCUCUGGGCAUCACAGUGCUGCUCUCUCUGACCGUCUUCAUGCUGCUGGUAGCUGAGAUCAUGCCGGCCACGUCUGACUCUGUUCCUCUCAUAGCUCAGUACUUUGCCACCACCAUGGUGAUCGUGGGUCUGUCGGUCAUCGCUACGGUUCUGGUUCUGCAGUAUCAUCACCACGACCCCGACGGAGGAAACAUGCCCCAGUGGACCCGGGUGAUCUUGUUGAACUGGUGUGCCUGGUUCCUGCGGAUGCGGCGUCCCGGCGAGGCGAAGGUCCGUCUGGCGUGUCACAACGCCACCAAGCGUCGUCGCUGCAGCCUGUCCAGCCUGGAGCUCAGCGUCAGCCAGGGGUCUCUGAGACAUCAGCCUCCGGUAACCAACGGCAACCUGCUGUACGUGGGCUUCAGAGGGAUGGAGGGGCUACACUACGCCUCGCCUUCUGAACCAGAGCUCCUCUGUUCACGGCUGGAGGCCGGAGGAAGAGGAGGAGGAGGAGGAGGAGCGGCGGCGUCGGGCUUUUCCUUGGAGGCGGAGCUUAACCAGAUCCUGGAGGAGGUGCGGUACAUCACGGGGCGUUUUCGUGGACAGGACGAGGAGGAGACGCUCUGCAGUGAGUGGAAGUUCGCGGCGGCGGUGAUCGACCGGCUGUGUCUGGUGGCGUUCUCGGUCUUCACCAUCCUCUGCACCAUCGGCAUCCUCAUGUCGGCGCCCAACUUCGUGGAGGCCAUCUCCAAGGACUUCUUCAGCUGA